UUUCAGCCGAAAGUCGAUUUUGCGCUCAGCUCGGGCCAAGUGUGCCUGCCCAUGUUCAAUGACAUUCUCGACUCAAUUCAAGCGAGCGAAAACGUCCUCGGGGUCUGUCUGCUGGACGAAAACGGUGUUUGCCUCGGCACUCGCGGACGGCUGACGACUGUCUCGAUGGACCGCUCGACAGACCUGCCUGCCCUCAUUCUCGCAAGCGCACUCAAGCCUAAAGCAGACCAAAGAGCCCCCUUUGCCAUUGUAUGGGAUCAACAUGCCUCGAUGCACAUCAGCCAGAACGCACGCCUGACGCUCGCCGUGCUCAAGCGCGCCCCCUGAUCAGCUGCAGCUACAUGACCUUGCACUAUGGCUAGCGGUCGUACUGUCGGGCGAUACCAGACCGUCCCGACUCGAGCUGUGCAGGCGGAUCGAGGCCAUACCGAGGCUCGAGGCCGCGGUAGGAUCGCGUAGAGAGGUGCAUACCCGCCGCACUUCCUAGCGACUCUGCAACGCUCGUGUCUUUACUGCGCACUGCAAUUGCUUGGGAAGCACUCUCGCCCGUGUCUGUUUUCGGUUUGGUGUCAAAUCGCUUGACUGUCCUGUACUGCCCAGUGAUGAGCGAAAAUGCAGGCGACUCAUCAUCAUCAUUAUCAUCAUCGUCCGCCGUGCGCUCGUUGCCCUCGAUGUCUAGCCCUAACAAGCGGUUGAAGUCGAGUAUAUAGUCGCCUGACCAUUCCGAGACAUUGAGUGCGACAAAGAGCUCAUGAGGUGAGAUGAUGGG